GGGAGACAAGGGAAAAAAGAGAAGCAGGACAGCUGAAGCCACGGAAUGAGCCGGUGGGAGCCAGGGCUGGAUGCGGAUUGCCAACGCAGGCAGUAGGUGACUGAGAUGGGCGUUCGUCUAGGCCACUUGAGCGACUCCCCGUGGUGGUGGCCGCUACUGCUGCUGUUGCUGCUCUGCACUGCCCCCUGGUGCCAAGGUCGGCCUUUCGCAACGCCCUUGCCAGCAGUCAACGUGGCGGUGGUGUUCAGUGGCUCGGCCUACCAGCAGGAGAUCAAGGGGCGUCUCAGCAGGGAGAACUUCAUGGACCUGCCCUUGGAGGUGAAUCCCAUCACAGUGCUGGUAAACAACACCAACCCUCGGGCCCUGCUCACACGCAUCUGUGACACACUGGCGGCCAACCGCGUACAUGGUGUGGUGUUUGAGGACAACAUCGGCUCGGAAGCCGUGGCACAGAUCCUGGACUUCAUUGCCCUGCAGACGGCCGUGCCCAUCGUGGGCAUCAGCGGGGGCUCCGCCAUGGUCCUGCCACACAAGGGCGACGGCUCCACGUUCCUCCAGCUGGGCUCCUCCAUCGAGCAGCAGAUAAACGGCAUGUUCAAGGUGAUGGAGGAGUACAACUGGGACAGCUUCGUGGUCAUCACCAGCCUGUACCCGGGCUACGAGGUCUACGUGGACUAUGUCAAGACCUUCACUGACACCAGCUACUUCAUGUGGGAACUGCAGGAUGUGCUGACCUUCGACAUGUCUGCCGACGGCAUGAACGACAUCCGGGCACGGCGCCUGCUGCAGCAGAUCGACGCCCAGGUACUGCUGGUAUACUGCUCCCACGAGGAGGCCCAGUACCUUUUCAGUAUGGCCGGAGAGGCCGGCCUGCUGGGGCCUGGCUACAUCUGGAUCCUCCCUAGCCUUGCCGUGGGGAACCCAGACAUGCCCCCACCAAACAGCUUCCCUGUGGGCCUCAUUAGCAUCAUCACCGACCGCUGGCGGAUGAGCCUGAGGAAGAGGGUGCGGGAUGGGGUGGCCAUCGUGGUCAAAGGGGUGCAGAGCUUCCACAAACAGAGGGGCUUCAUCCCCGAGGGCCACAACGACUGCCACAGCCCUGUUAGGGCAUCUUCUAAUGAUACAUUGUUCAGGCACAUGUUAAACGUAACAUGGGAACACAACGACUUCUCGUUCAACCCUGAAGGGUAUCUGAUCAACCCAGCUAUGGUCAUCAUCACCUUAGAUCGAGAGAGACAGUGGGAUAAGGUGGGGAACUAUGAGAUGGGGAUCCUGCAGAUGAGAUACCCGGUGUGGCCUCGCUACGGCACCUAUCUGGAGCCCGUAUCAGAUAACAGACACUUGACUGUGGCCACACUGGAGGAACGUCCCUUUGUCAUAGUGGAGGCUGUCGACCCCAUGACUGGGACCUGUGUCAGCAACACUGUGCCCUGCCGCCGCCAGUCCAACAAGACAGAGACUAUUGUAGGUCAUACUGAGCCCUACACCAAACUGUGCUGUAAGGGUUUCUGCAUAGACAUCCUGAAGAAGCUGUCCCGCACCACCAAAUUCUCAUACGACCUCUACCUGGUCACCAACGGGAAGCACGGCAAGCUGGUCAGAGGCAGUUGGAACGGCAUGAUCGGAGAGGUGGUAUACAAGCGGGCGGACAUGGCCAUUGGCUCGCUGACCAUAAACGAAGAGCGCUCAGAAAUUAUCGACUUCUCCGUGCCGUUUGUGGAGACGGGGAUCAGUGUGAUGGUUGCCAGGAGCAAUGGGACCGUCUCACCCUCUGCCUUUCUUGAGCCCUACAGUCCGGCGGUGUGGGUGAUGAUGUUUGUGAUGUGCUUAACGGUGGUAGCUGUCACAGUGUUUAUCUUUGAGUACUGCAGCCCUGUGGGGUACAACCGGAGUCUGGUGAGCGCCAAGGAUCCCGGAGGCCCCACCUUCACUAUUGGGAAGUCUGUGUGGCUGCUGUGGGGCAUCGUCUUCAACAACUCUGUUCCAAUUGAGAACCCCAAGGGCACCACCAGCAAGGUCAUGGUCCUGGUAUGGGCCUUCUUCGCUGUCAUCUUCCUGGCCUCCUACACUGCCAACCUGGCAGCCUUCAUGAUCCAGGAGCAAUACACUGACACAGUCUCUGGACUGAGUGACAAAAAGUUCCAGAAGCCACAGGAGCAGUAUCCACCGUUUCGUUUUGGUACGGUCCCAAAUGGAAGCACAGAGAGGAACAUCCGGAGCAACUACCCUGAGAUGCAUGCCCACAUGGUCAAAUACAACCAGAAGGGUGUGGAGGACGCCCUCAACAGCCUCAAAUCAGGGAAACUGGAUGCCUUCAUCUAUGACGCUGCUGUGCUGAACUACAUGGCAGGUAAAGACGAGGGCUGUAAGCUGGUGACCAUCGGCAGUGGGAAGGUCUUUGCCACCACUGGCUACGGCAUCGCCUUGCAGAAGGAGUCCCGAUGGAAACGUCCUAUAGACCUGGCCCUGCUCCAGUUCCUAGCGGAUGGUGACACACAGAAGCUGCAGACAGUGUGGCUCACAGGGAUCUGUCGUAACGAGAAGAAGGAGGUGAUGAGCAGUAAGCUGGACAUAGACAACAUGGCGGGCGUCUUCUACAUGCUGCUGGUGGCCAUGGGGCUCAGUCUCCUGGUGUUCAGCUGGGAACAUCUGCUCUACUGGAAGCUGAGACACUCAGUACGCAAGUCUGAACGCCUCGACUUCCUGCUCGCCAUCAGCAGGGGAAUCUACAGCUGCUUCAACGGUGUGGAGGACUCUGACCGCAACGGAAACCUGCAGAACCCUGACGUCACCACCAACUACACCCAGGCCAACAUGCUGAAGAUGCUGCAGACAGCCAAGGACAUCGUGACCUCGACCAGAGUGGAGAACUCCCUGGACAAUGCCACCAAGACCAUAGAGAACUGGAGCCGGCGAGGAGCCGACAAUGUGCGGGUUGGCCUGCCGCCUCGGGUGGCAACCACUAUAGACAUGAGCCACAGCCGCCUGCCCUACAUCGCCAGCAUCACGGACAACCACUCGCCCUACCCCCAGAGGGCGCUCGCUUCCACAUUCCCAAUCCACUACUCGGACAGCGCCACCCAGCCCCUGCUGGACAAAUCCAGGGUGGUGACGCGGCCUACCCCGCUCCGCUACACCCUUCCGGCCCGUGGCAGCCACCACUUCUAUGAGAGGACCCUACCCAUCUCCAGCCUUAGCAGCCCCCACAUCGCCAUGAGGGACCCUGCUCCCCCUAGCACCUCCAGUCACAACCCACACCCCCACCACAGCAGCAGGCUGUAUGUUGAGACCCAGCCCCGGCACCCCACCUCCCCGUUUGUCCCUUACAGAGAGUUCCAGGUGCCUGACAUCUAUGUGGAACACCACAAGGGGCCCCUGGGACGGAAGUUCAGCUACCCCCCUGACCACAUGGGCAGGAAGAAGAGGUCCCACAGCUACGUGUUUUCCGAGGCCCAAGACACCAGGGGGAGGAACGACUAUGAUGAGCCAACCUCCUGUCUGGCUGAGCUGAGGGCCAACCACCUCCUGAACAACCACGCCCCUUCUGCAUCAACCAUGGCCUGCAUGGGGGGCCACUACCCCAGCGGCAGCGCCAGCUGCAACUCCUGCAUGAAGCCCUACCUGGAGCCUGAAAUGGAGGAUGUGCCCUUGCUGGGGAAGGACAAGGUCAACCGCCGGGCCUCUUUUCUCAAGGCCACCUGGAGCAGUGACAGGAUCCGCCAGCUGGGCGAGAAGCCCUCCACCUCCACUAUGCCUGACCUGUUCCCCCGCGUAGUGGUGGCCAACCCCAAGCCCCACAAGCUGUAUGGCAGCCAGGGGAACAACCUGUGCUACCCCCUGGCCGCUGAGCCUGCUUACCUAGACCCGGCUCAUAUGCGUUCCUACCCCUACAAGCAGCAUAAGCUCAAGUGCUCCCAGUCCACCCGGCUACCAUCCUACAGGGAGGCUAUCCUGCAGAACGCAGCCGCCUUGCGGCGCUCUUCCUCCACUGUGGUGCACAGACACUACUCCACCUACCUGAACUCCUACACAGACCUGCCUGUAUACGUGGGGCCACUGCCCCAGGGGCCCGGGCAGUUCUACGACAAGGACAUGUGCCACUUGUUCCCCUGUGCAAGCCACUGCCCUAACAACAAUGCCCUGGUGCCCCGUAUGGGGGACCGGCAGGUGGUGUACCAGAACAAUAUGUUUGGGGGCUACGAGGGCGCGGUGGGACGGUCGCGGGAGGAGCCCCCCCUGCCCGGGUCUGGGAGCAGGGAUCGGAGGGAGGUCCUGGUGGCCAGAAGAGUCAACAGUCCCUAUGUGCCAAAGACCUGGGGCAGGGUAUCCAGUCUGGAGUCUGAGGUCUGAGCCCUCCCCCUCCAUACCUUCAGGCUGAUGGACUAUCCCUCCAUCUGGGGAGGGGAAAGCCUACCUGGGGCCUCCCCCUCAGCCAUUGGUUUAGGCAAAAACGAAUGAAUUAGCUACCAAUAAUAUCCUUGGCUGAUGGAAGGAAGUAGAGGACAUUGAAAGGCUGUUACUGCUGGGACAUUGUCAAGUAAACAUUAAGCGAUAAGAAAAGAAAAGACAAUGUUGAAUAGUAUUUAAUACCUUCAAAUUUAACCUGUUGAUUGUUAUUUAAAACAUUUUUAAAUGCUGUCUUGCUGUGAGAGAGAGAGAGAGAGAGAGAGAGAGAGAGAGAGAGAGCGAGAGACCUGGAUGACAAUACACUGUAGCCGCUCACUCAGUUUAGACACAUUUAACUUUUCUCUUCAAUCAUUUUGGUAUCCUUCCAUUUAAAUUUAGACACAUAUAAAAAGAGAAUAAUAAUUUUGUUAUCAAACCACAGAAAUGUCUUCCACGACUUUUGUAAGUCCAGGAGCUCUAGGGAAAGCUGUCUGUUUAAGGCUUUUUGGCUCCGGUGGUCACUGAUGUAAUUUGACUUGGAUUUUAAAAGGGAACAUGUUUAAUUAUCAUCUGUAUUUCCAU